AUGCUCUUCAUUUCAUUCCCGCCAACCGGGGGUGAAAAUGCGGGCCGUGAGAAUAAUUCUGCGUUGACCUGCUAUCCUUGGACAAGUCGCAAUUACACUUUGUAUCAUCAACAGCAUCAACAGCAAAUGCAAUUGUGGCGUCUUCCGACUCCUCUUGGAUCCAACGUACCCGUACCUGGCGUCUUGGGUGGACCGAUUGGACGUGACUUAGUAAGCUCCUCCCCCUACCACUACGUCGACAGUCUCUGCUCUUACUUUGCUUAUAUUCAUAAAAUUUUAUUACUUCUAUUUUAA